AUGAUGAAAGUGCGGGCGGCUGAUUGUCAGGAAUCCUAUCAGUGUUUUAUCCCCCGGCCUAUUCUCGGCCUCCACAUGGAAAUCGGUCCUCGUCCCAUCGGAGAUGUCGAUUCUCCUUCCGGUUCCCGCCAUGUUCUUUCAAGUCGGGUUCUCAUUCUAAUCUUUUGCACACAGUUGGUCACCGGCGCGCCGUCCCUGCUCCACCGCCAGUUCGCCCUAAAUCGACCGAAUCAAAUCAUCCCCCAAUUUCUUCGGCUCAAGCAAAAUAGCCGCUGCUACUCCGCCGCUUGGCCCGCCUCUCAUCCGCCGCUGCUCCUCAAGCCGCUGCUCCUCUACCGCUGCUCCUCAAGCCGCUGCUCCUCCUCCCCUGAUUAUCACAGUAUAAUUCAGAUGUCAAGCCAAGAGGAAAUGGACGGAAGCAACGGACCGGUGGAUAAUGCCUCAAAUGAGACACCGACCCAACCAACUGAAGAUACAUCAGAAGUUAAAGGAGGCGCCCGACAACGUAAAAUGCAGUCAAGAUCUAAGACAUGGACUCAUUUUACCAGGAUUCUUGACAAAAAUGAAAAUGUGAUUGGAGCUAAAUGCAAUCAUUGCAAAAAGGAAUAUGCUUGCCAUACAAAACGAAAUGGUACCUCAUCACUUCUUGCUCAUAUGACUAGUUGCAUGAAAAACUCUGAAAACGUUGAUGUGAACCAGUCAUUACUAAAUGUGCAACCUGGGAAAGAUGGUGUUGUUGGGUCGAGUUCGAUAACUGCUUGGAAAUAUAAUUAUGGUGAGAUUCGAAAAUCUCUUGCAUAUAUGAUAUGUUCUGAUGAGUUGAUUUUUUAA